AUGGGUAGACUAAAAAGCCUUCAAGUUUUGAGUAAUUUUGUGGUAGGUAAAAAUAGUGGUUCGACAAUUGAGGAGUUGGGCAAGCUUCCUAUGCUUCGUGGUAAGCUAUUCCUUUCAAGGCUUAAAAAUGUUUCUGCUGGUAGAGAUGCAUACAUGGCAAACAUGAAGGGCAAGAAACACCUUGAAAAGCUAACUUUGAAGUGGAAUGGUGAUACUAAUGAAUCACAAGUUGCAAAGGAUGUGCUUGAUAAACUCCAAUCUCGUUCGAAUUUAAAGCGUCUAAAGAUCGACGGAUAUUGCCGGACAAGCUUUCCAAAUUGGUUAGGAAACCCUUCAUUUUCCCAUUUGGAAUCCUUGAGUAUAUCCAGCUGUGAAAAUUGCUAUAUCUUGCCUGCACUUGGUCAACUACAGGCCUUGCAGUCACUUGAAAUAAAUGGACUGAGUAAGAUAUCAACCUUGCCUGCACUUGGACAGCUAUGGUCCCGGAAAUUACUUGAACUUGUUGGAAUGGUUUUCUAUAGAGAGCUUGGUAUAAUUGAUUGUCCCAAGCUGAUUGGAGAACUUCCCAGACAACUUUCAUCACUGCAAAGGCUUGAGAUAGGUGGUUGCCACAAACUUGUGCUUCCCAAUGGUCAAUUGGGUAUAUUCCAGGGAGACGUUAAACAAUUCUCAUCUCUUUCCGUAUUAAAGAUUUCAUGGAUGGAGAAUUUGAAGGAGCUGUGCCGAGAGCUCAACAAGUUAGCCAGUCCUGAAUAUUUGGAGAUAUAUAACUGUGGGUCUAUAUUACCUUCUCCCAUGAGUUACCUACCCGCCUCACUAAAAACACUUGUAUGUGGUACUUGCCGCAAUCUGGAAUUAGAGAGUGAAACCUGGCAAAGUGGGAGCCUGGAGUCUUUGGGAUUAAAUGGGUGCCGCUCUCUCAAAGCUCUGUCAUUAGGCUCCUUUCAUAUGCUGAAACAUCUCCGCAUAAACUUAAUGCCAAAGAAUUGA